AUGUUUGGUUUUAUAUAUAGAGACCCUUCUCCAGCACCUCAAGGUAAAAUUAGAGAUGGUUCAAAAGACCCAAAAACACCAGGUGGUGGUGGUGGUGGUGGUGGUGGUAUUUCUCCAAAUGGUGGUGCUCCCCUUGGUGGUAAAGGAUUCUCAAUGUAG